AUGCCAUUUAUCGAAACUUUUCUUACUGGUUUUGAAAAACUACGUUUGAUGAUCGUAGAAUUUCUUAUUAAUGAUUUACCAGAUGUUCCGAUUUCACGAGACUAUGUCACAGAAAAGCGACGCCAAUCAUUUGGUUUAAAUAGAAAUGAUGAAUACAAAGUUAAUGUAUUACUUGGAGACGAUGAUUUGCGUAUUUCGAUUCCAUAA